AGGCGCUUGUCGAUCAGUUAACCGCUAGUCACCCGCGCGCGCGGUGUUUAUUUGUUGUGCGUUGUUGCUCCGCUGUUAACAGAGAAUAUUCGUAUCAGGCAAAGCAAAGCAAAGCGAAGCGUUUCCUUUAAUUUCGCUACUAGCGAAGUGUGUGAAGUGAAAAAGGUGCCAUAUGAUAAAUGAAUCCAAAUUACAAUUGUGAUUGUGACAAUAAGCCGGUUGUUAAUUGGCAACAAAAUGAACUCCAGUAAAGAGGCCAAAAGUGCCGCAAAGGGACAAAAGAAAUUGCAAAAGACAAAUAAAAAGCAGCAACAAAAGCAACAGCAACAACAACAGCAACAACAACAGCAGCAGCAACAACAACAGCAACAAAAUGGGAUCAGUAAACCAGCCACGAAUGCAAAAGCUAAAUCAAACGAUACAAAUGCCAACAAUCACAUUAACAACAACAAUAACAAUAACACAAUGGUGCAAAACAAUAAUUCACAGUCAACGAUUGGAGCGGGAGGAAUCGCAGCGCCAGCAACGACAAAUAUUACACAAAAAUUCAAGGAGCAAUACGAGGCGGAGCGUCGUUCCCAGAUGACAUCGGCGCCCAGCAACGAGAACUUGCCCAUUAUGGAGCGUACAAGGAGUUUCCGUGGCAAGCUGUCCAAGCUCUUCAAUCAUUUGACUGGCAGCAAGGAGAAUUUGACACGCACCGAUGAGUCCAAGGAUGAGACUGGCAAGACGCCAUUCACCUUUACACGGAGUCGUUCGAUGAUAUUGUUGCGACGACCGAAUCGUCGCAGUUUCAUUGAGCCGCAGCUGGAACAGUUAUCGGAGGAGGCGGAGAAAUCUGGGGAUCCCAUGUCGCCGGCAUCACCGCGCAAGAAUUCAAUCGCGGACACUGGCACAGCUCUCGAUGCGUAUUCACCCAUUUUGCGAAGACGCGCCGAUACGGCCAGCUCAGUGAAAACACCAACGCGCCGACAGUCCACCCAGGCGCUAACCUCGACGCCUCUCGACGAGUCGCCGGAGACAAGCACGCAGCGCAAGGCGUCGACAAUAUCGCUGGCGCCCAAUCCGCAGCAGAACUUUCAGAAGCGUCGCUCGAACACACUAAUCGCCUCCUUCAAAAGCAGUUGGGCGGGUUUGGGCAUUGGUGCGGCGGUUGGUGGUAGCAGUGCUGGCAGCGGUAGCAACACCAACACCACAAACAGCCACAGCGGCGGCAGCGGUGACAAGAAGAAGGACAAAAUGAACCCGAAGUGGAGCGCAUCGUUGCAAUCGCUUCAGGCCAUCGACAAUAUGGUCAGCUAUGCGAACAUGUCCUUCAUUGACUAUGACAAGUUCAAUGGCUAUGAGAAGCAACUGGAGCGACAGCAAUCAUUAAUGAGUCUCGCCGAGCAACCGAUGCCAGCCAUUCCCCAAUUGCCAUUACCAGCAACUGCCACAACCACCCCACAGCAGCAAUCCUAUGCAGCGUCGCCUCUGCCGCGUACACCUUCGUUCGCUAGCUCCUCGCUGGAGAGCUCUCCAAGAACGGUGGUGAUGCGUCGCAAGCGUAACAGCAACUCUGUGAUCAAUCGCAAGAGUAGCCAGAGCCAGAGCUCCUUCAAUCUGGACACGGACUAUGAGCACAAUUUGGACCGGGUGCACAAUGUGUAUCGCGAGAGUCUGGAUUCGCGCACGCUCGAGCUGCUCAAUCAGCGAUCCCGCAACUCGUACAUUCAGGAUCUGCCGAUGCUCUACGAUGCCCUCAACCUCGAGGAUGGCUCCGCGAGUCGGCGCUGUUCCCUCUGUGCGCUGCGUGUUGUCAGAGCGAACAGUUUCAAGCAGCAACGCGACAUCGUGGAUGGGCGCGGGCAGCCCAUAAAACAGGUAAUUUAAAUGUCCUUCAUUAUUCCCUAUAUACAUAUGUAUAUACAUUUAUUACACCUGUCGGCCAUUUGACAUAAUGUGAUUGCCGCCUGAGGAUAUCAGCGAACCGGGAAAUAAACAAUUUUUCAGAAAAUAAAUGUACGGUAAGCGGCAGCGACCCUGCACAAGGAAGAAAACGCGCAAAAAGGACUAAAUAAUCCAAUAUCGAAAUGCUUCAUUUUAAAUCAAAAAUCCAUCUAAGGUGAGUAGCAAUAUAUAAUAUUAAAUUGGAAGGUCCGUUGGAGCGUGCAACAGGAAGACAUGCACAUCCUACCGUACAGUUGACAAAUAUGGUUUACCGUCAUAUAUUUUAAAUUAAUGCUCAGAGCCAAUAAUAUACGUGUUUCUUUUAUGAUUUUAAUAUGUUUUUGUGUUGGCUGUCAUUUUUUAUGUGGACAUCUAUGCGAAUGGGUUAUUGAUUUAUUAACGA